AAUGUGUUUAGUGGUGGGUAUGACAAUUAAACAGAAUUGUAAUUUGUCAUACGUGAUACAAUUUCGUCAUUGGACUUAACGCUUAGACAUAAUGUUUGGCCUUCGUUAUAUUAUCACUAGUGAGGGUCGUAAAUAUUUAGGACGGUAUUUGUUUCGUACCAUUGAUAAACCACAAAAUUUUAACAACGAGGAACGUCGUAAUUCAACAUUUAUAGAUUCGUAUCGUCCUCGUUCACAAUCGUUUGCCUGUGUGCGUGAAUAUAAACAUGGUGUUUUAUAUCAAUUGUUAUCGAAUGAAGGAGAGGCGUUACAUAGUGUCGCCUCUGUGUCGAAUAACAAGCUGGCAGCCAUUGAGGAUGUACAGGGUCGUGCGCGGCCUACGACGACCGCAACCGCUUCAACACAACAAUCGCCUAUCACCUCUACAACUUCGUCACCAUCAAAUAACACAACGGUGACACCCCCCACAUAUUUGGAGCUAGAUUUAACAUCACCAGCAUCACGUAGUCGAAGUAUUAUAGCUAGUACAAGACGUCCUCCAGUAUCUACGUCUAGACGUAGCUUACAAUCACAAAUAUCUACACGUGACGCUGAAACUAUUACUGAAGUGUGUAGUGGCGAAGAAAUACCAGAAGUUGAAAUAAUUAGUUUAUUGGAAGAACAAAUACCUAAAUAUAAGUUACGUGCUGAUACAUUAACACAAUUUACAGGAUACGAAAAUCAAGAUUGGUUUAUUCCUAGUCCGGCCUUAAAAGUAGACGACGUUGAUUUGAAAUUAUCUCCCGAACAAAUACGGGAAACACUUAAUUAUUUUAUUCUAUGCAGUAAUCGGGUGAGCCAAAUGACCAAAACCUACAAUGAUAUAGAAGCAGUAACACGGCUUCUGGAAGAAAAAGAAAGAGACCUUGAAUUAACCGCACGUAUUGGCAAAGAACUAUUACAAACAAAUACAAAAUUAGAAAAUAAUGUUGUUACACUGGAAACGGAAUUACGUGGUGCACAAGAGAAAAUUACACAAUUAUCACAUGAGCUGGUCAAAAAAACAGAACUUAUACAAGUACUUACAAACGAUAUGGAUGAGUCCAGUUCUGAGGGUGGUACACCGACCGGUCUGCGAAGUAUUAAUUUGGAGCUUAUGCAGAAACGUAUCGGUAAUUUGGAAGAAGAGAAUCGUUCAUUACGUACCGAAUUCCAAAAAUUGGCUAGUGAUACCGACGAUGUUGAAGAACAGGAGGCUAGACUUGUUAAAGAUAUUGCAAUGCAGUUAGCUAAUGCCAACAUGGAUGUGGAUACAAUGGCCGAAGAACUGGAUCGUAUGAAAGAUGAGAAUCGACUGCAGCAUGAACAAAUUAUGAGUUUAACUGCAAAAUUGACUGACGCUGAAAUGAGAUUACAUAAGUUCACAAUGGAAAACGAUGAGAUGACGUCAUUAUUACAUAUAACAAAAGAAACACAAACGUCAUUAGCUACAGAAUUAGUUGAGUAUAAGGAGCGUUAUGCUGAAGUAUUGGGCUUGUUACGUGAUACACAAGAACAGUUACGCCGACAACGUCGCCGGGGAAUGCCUACAGCACGCGGUGGCUCACUGUAUCCAUCGUUAUGUAGCAAUCAAAUACAACCAGACAGUUUACAAUCAGAAUUGGAAUCGUCAUUAUAUUCGGAAUCCAGUUUGGAUUCGGGUAUUGCUGGCUCUGAUCGAGUGCCACCUUAUAAGAGAGUAUUUGAAACAGUCCGAUGUUCCUCACGUGCAUCGAAUAGCAGCUUUGAUGGUGGCAGCACAUUAGGUGGACCCACAGGUAUUGGUGGUGCUGGUUUAUUCCCUCGCGGUGGUCCACUUCCGUUAUCAACACAAACGCACAUGACUUCAUCAAUUACAUCCCAACAGCCGCGUAUGAGCACCUUCAUGCAAGGAUCGCGUUACAGCAGCAUGUCAUUUGGUAGCAGUUCACUGGGUUAUCCAAGUAUAGAUUCAACUGGUCAAAGUGAUUCGGAAUCAUUACAUACUGACACCUCAUCGGAAUAUCCUGGCGGUACUCAACCUGGAAUACCAGGUAUACCUGGUGCUGCUGAUUUAGAGGCAGCUGUUAGACGUUUAACACCUGCUGAAGUACUUGCACGCCGUGCUACACUUAGCUCAGGUCAAACUUAUGGCGGCUAUGAUAAUGACAGUGGCGUUCAAUCACCCCCUUCACAAUUCCUACCAUUCGGCUAUCGUACCCCAGAUAGUAUUAUGUCAACUGGAUCGAAUCGGGAACAACAUCACCAUUUGCUACAUUCGAACAGUACAUGGAAGCUUCCAGAAAAAUUACAAAUUGUUAAGCCAAUGGAAGGAUCACAAACCUUACAUCAUUGGUCCAAAUUAGCGACGCCAACACUUGGAGGUUUAUUAGAUGAACGACCUGGUGUUAAAAUACGGGGAGAACGUGCUUUGGAGGAUAUUGGCUUAGAAACGUAUACACUUAGUGAUUUGGAAGAAGAUGAAGAGUACUCAAAUCCUGGUAAACAAUUUGAAAAUUCUGGCUGUGUUUACACGUACACUAUGAGUACGGUCUUGCAUCCCGAUGAAGUAGCAAGUGUUACGGAUAGUGUAAGAGGAAGUCGUGUGGCUAGUGUAUGUCCAAGUGAGCAUGGAAGUCCUCCAUCAACUCCACGGAUUUUAAGUCGACGAAAUUCUACGUCAACGUUUUCAACGACACUUGGAUUAGCGAAAAUAUUGAAUGAACGUGGAAUUAAGGCUGUGACACCAUCAUGUUUGAAUACACCGAAUGCUAUCAAUAGUUUUACACCAACGGCAACACCUUGCAAUAGUCCAGAUGGUACCCCACCUCCAUCUCGCUCGGCAUCUCCACCACCAUAUUUGGGUAUUCUAAGUUCAGGGGUUGAGUUAAUACGACGUACGUUUGGCGGUGUUGAUCCUGCUGCGGUACGUGCUUCACGCCGUUCGAAACGCUCAUCAAAAUUAGCUCUGUCUAGGACAGACAGAAAGGCAUUGUCUGGUAUACGUAUUGUGGAAAAAAUUGAACGGAUUGGUUUGGAAAGUAUUUUAGCAAGUACAGCGCAAACAACAUCACCAACAUUUAUGAACUCAAUUUACACACAACGACCUGCUAAUACACAACUUGCACAAUUAUCUACAAUUAAAGGUUCAAUCAGUUCUACGUCAGCCAGUUCCGAGUAUUCCGAUAGUAGCAGCAGUUCCGAUUUAUUAAAAGAAAAACCACCGUUACAUGGAAGUAGUACGAGUUCGAAUAAGUCAUCGUCAACUUCAUCACAAACAAAUCGUGAACGUAUGUCAUUAUCACGUGAACGCACCCCAUUAUCAGCACUUGGUCUACCAGCAAAACCAGGCAGUGGUCAAUUACAACGACGUUUAGAACAGUUAAAUGCCAGACAAGCUCGGCGUCAAGCUGGUGGGUUAACAAGGCCAGAUUUAGGUACUGUUGGUCCACCAAACGGUCCGAAAUCGUCAACAUCGUCACGACAAGAUCAACAAAAUCGACAACAACAACCACAACAGUCAUUAGGAACCUUAGGAACAAUUAAUUCAUUAUUAUUUGGUAGAAAGGGUGGUUUGCUUUAAAAACAUUUAGUAAUUUUUUUUUUAGUAAUGUUGUAGCUCAAUACAAACUUAAAGCAAUGCUGGUCCGUGGUUUUUUACUGGCUGUUUCAUACUGCUUUAAGAAAGUUUUUAUGAAAAUUUGUUUUUAAAACCAGGCCCUCAAGGUAAUUAGACUGAUUAUUAAAUAAACCGUGUUUGGUAUGAAACAGCCUUUACAAUUUUAAUUUUGUAUAUUGACAGUUUAUUUAUAUUAAUAUCCACAAAAGAAAACCAUUUGGAUUGGCCACUAUAAACAUCGAAUUUGGUGGAACUGUAAAAAUUUUACAGUUUGUUAUUUUUAAUUUUCAUGGAAAUUUUAAAUAAUAACUCCCCCUCAUCUCCUUCCUUUGUUGGUUAAAAAUUAUUUAAAAAAGGAAAAUAGAAAAUUUUUAAUUUAAAUAAAUAAUAUGACUGUUUAAAUAUUGAAAAAAAGUCACAUGAGUCUUCUGAAAAUAAUCUUCGUUACGGUGGAAACGUGUUUAUUUCAAAGAUGUUUAUACUAAACCUAGAGUAUAUGAAUCCAGCUGGAGAUCACAAUUUACAACGAAUACCCAACCCAAAUCGUAUAUAUUUAAGCGAGCAAUUUUUGUAUAUAUAUAUAUAACGUCGUUUUAUCCGUGUUUUCAGAAAAAACUGAAACAUAAAAUGAAAAAUAUGACUUUUACUGGCAUCUAUUGGCAAAUACCUUUACCAACACUGCAACACUAAAGCUAGGUUUCAGUAGAUGACGUUGUAAAGCAACACACGAUUUACCAAAAAAAAAUAUCGAGCAAGCUCGGUCAUCCCGGUACUGAAAUCUUUAUCCUUGGAACGGAAGAUAAAAAACUGGGGAAAAAUUAGAGAAUAUUGCUCUGUUUAAGUAUAAACAUCCAUGAAUAUUUUUAAAAUACUCCUUCGAACGAAUUUUCCUCUCAAACAAAAAACUUUUGUGUACAAAUAUUGAAUUGUUUCCGAAAUAUUAAAAGCGACCCAGAUGAGGCCCGAAUAUUUUGUAAAUAAGAUGGACAAUAUAAAAGUAUAAAAAAACGAUAUUUUUUUAGUAUUAUUAAUUAAAAGGCCAAAAUACAUUUAGGGCCAAUCACAAAGUAAAUGAAAUUUUUCUUUUUUACGAUAGUAUAUUGUUUGUUUUUUCUUUUCGUUGCGAUUUUGGCCCCUUCCCUCCUUGUCUUUAGUUAUAGUAGUUUGUAAAGAAAAUUUUUGAUAGUGGAAAAAAUUGA